AUGAUGUGCGAGGUGAUGCCCACCAUCUCAGAGGACGGGCGCGGCGGGGGAGGAGGUGGCUCGUCCUCCCCGGCUGGGGGCGGAGGAGGGAUGGGCGGAGGCCUGGGAGGCAUGGGGGGCUACAGCAGCCGGGAUCCCCGAGGUGGCGGCGGCGGAGGCGAUGAAGGGGGAAGCACGGGCAACCUGGAGUCGCUGAUGGUGAACAUGCUGACGGAGAGGGAGAGGCUGCUGGAGAGUCUGAGGGAGACCCAGGAGAGUCUGGGGACGGCCCACCUGCGACUGCGAGAGCUGGGCCAUGAGAAGGAGUCGCUCCAGAGGCAGCUGUCCAUCGCCCUGCCACAGGAGUUUGCAGUGCUGACCAAAGAGCUGAACCUCUGCCGGGAACAGCUGCUGGAGAGAGAGGAGGAGAUAGCAGAGCUGAAGGCAGAGAGGAACAACACACGACUGCUGCUUGAACAUCUGGAGUGCCUGGUGUCCCGUCACGAGCGCAGCCUGAGGAUGACCGUGGUGAAGCGGCAGGCCCAGUCCCCGGCUGGGGUCUCCAGCGAGGUGGAGGUCCUAAAAGCCCUCAAGUCCUUGUUCGAGCACCACAAAGCUCUGGAUGAGAAGGUGCGGGAAAGACUACGGGUGGCUUUGGAGCGAGUGUCGGUCCUGGAAGAGGAGCUUCAGUCCUCCUCUCAAGAGGUUGUGUCUUUGAGGGAACAAAUCAAGCGACGGCAGCAAGGACUAGACAACGGCAAAGAGCGGCUUCCUAACGGCCCUUCCUCCAUCUUGGAUGACGGAGAAAUCGACAGGCAGAGAGAGGGCGAGAUAGAGCGACAGCGGUCGGAGCUGGGGCAGCUGAAAGAGAGACUGGCUCUCAUGUGCAGACAGGUCGGGGAGAUCGAGGAGCAGCUGACGUCGGCCAGGAGGGAGCUGGCCCGAUCGGAGGAGACCAACCAGAAACUGCAGCGGGAUGUGAAAGAGGCGCUCUGUCAGCGGGAAGACAUGGAAGAGAGAAUCACCACAUUAGAACGCAGGUACCUGAGCGCCCAGAGGGAGGCAACGUCUCUCCACGACAUAAAAGACAAACUAGAGAACGAGUUGGCCAGCAAAGAGUCUCUCUACAGACAGAGCGAGGAGAAGAAUCGGCAGCUUCAGGAGCGUCUAGACGAUGCCAAACAGAAGCUGCAGCAAACUCUGCAGAGGGCCGAGACGCUGCCUGAGAUCGAGGCCCAGCUCGCCCAGAGAGUGGCAGCACUCAACAAGGCGGAGGAGCGCCAUGGUAACUUUGAGGAGCGACUGCGACAGAUGGAGGCGCAACUGGAGGAGAAGAACCAGGAGCUACAGCGAGCGAGGCAGAGGGAGAGGAUGAACGAUGAACACAACAAGCGUCUCUCCGACACGGUGGACAAGCUGCUCUCUGAGUCCAACGAGAGGCUGCAGCUCCAUCUGAAGGAGAGGAUGGCCGCUCUGGAAGAGAAGAAUGCUCUGUCUGAGGAACUGUCUAACAUGAAGAAACUCCAGGAUGAUCUCCUGGCCAACAAGGACCAACUGAUAGCGGAGCUGGAGAGGAUUCAGCUGGAGCUGGAUCAGCUGAGAGCGAGACCCGGGGGCUCUUAUUCCAGUCGCUCUCUACCAGGCAGCGCUCUGGAGUUGAGGUAUUCCCAUGGGGGCGGGUCCCUCCCGGCCGGUUCCACCACUCACCUGGAUCCCUUUGGCAAUGCCUCCACUGGGGGCGUGGUCAGGCGGAGUCACCGGGCCCGUUGGAGCUCUGCCCGAGAGGACUCCACCAAGUACCCAGAUUGGGAGAGCGGGGGCCUGCUGGGGACCGGGUUCGAGCCGGGCGUGGACGUGGGCUGCUCCGACGACGAGGACGACGGGGAGCCUCGGUUUGGCUCCGAGCUGCUGUCCCCCAGUGGACAGACGGACGUGCAGACUCUGGCCAUCAUGCUGCAGGAACAGCUGGAGGCCAUCAACAAGGAGAUCAAACUGAUCCAGGAGGAGAAGGAGAACACGGAGUUGCGGGCGGAGGAGAUCGAGAGCCGGGUCAGCGUGGCCUUGGACAGUCCGCCCAUCCCUCCGACCUCCCUGGGGAGAGACAGCACAGGACGGGGUUUCAUCCCCUCGUCCAUCACAUCCUCCACCCUGGCCUCACCCUCUCCCCCCAGCUCUGGACACUCCACCCCUCGCCUGCCUCACUCCCCAGCCCGCGAGUCUGAUAGACAGAACAACAAAGAGGAUGAUCGGUCCCUCGCUCUUCUGGACUCCACGCCUCCUCCCACUCCUCGUGCGCUGCGAUUGGACAGGAUGACACUCACCCACCCAGGCGCGAUGCUCGACGACCCCCGGGAGUUUCGCAGUCUCUCGGCAGAUGGCAGCAGCACCAACAGCAGCCAAGAUUCUCUCCACAAGUCCAGUAAGAAGAAAAGCAUCAAGUCUUCCAUCGGUCGGCUUUUUGGAAAGAAGGAGAAAGGGAGGAUGGGCCAUCCUGGGCGGGAUGGAUCUGCUUCUCUUGCGUCUACACCCUCUGAAGACCUGGCCUCUGGCGACCCUAUGGGGAUGAACAAGACUGGGACUCUGGGUCCAGCAGAUAAGGACCGCCGCAGCAAGAAGAAGCACGAGUUACUGGAAGAAGCAUGUCGCCAAGGACUUCCCUUUGCAUCUUGGGACGGACCCACUGUCGUAUCUUGGUUGGAGCUGUGGGUGGGAAUGCCAGCCUGGUACGUCGCAGCCUGUCGUGCAAACGUGAAGAGCGGCGCCAUCAUGGCCAACCUGUCGGACACAGAGAUCCAGAGGGAGAUCGGCAUCAGUAACCCGCUGCACCGCCUCAAACUGCGGCUGGCCAUCCAGGAGAUGGUGUCGCUCACCAGCCCGUCUGCCCCGGCCAGCACCCGCUCUUCGACCAGUAACGUGUGGAUGACCCAUGCAGAGAUGGAGUCUCUGAACGCUGCCACCAAACCUCCGGAGCUGAAAGAGUUCAGCUGGGAUCAGAUACUGGCCUAUGGCGAUAUGAAUCAUGAGUGGGUGGGCAACGACUGGCUGCCCAGCCUGGGCCUGCCACAGUAUCGCAGCUAUUUCAUGGAGUCCCUGGUGGAUGCCCGCAUGUUGGACCACCUGACCAAGAAGGAGCUGAGAGGACAGCUCAAAAUGGUGGACAGCUUCCACAGGGUCAGCUUGCAUUACGGCAUCAUGUGCCUGAAGCGUCUGAACUACGAUCGCAAGGAGCUGGAGAGGAGGCGAGAGGAAAGCGCCCACCAGAACAAAGAUGUGAUGGUGUGGUCAAACGAGCGAGUGAUGUGCUGGGUGCAGACCAUCGGUCUGAAGGAGUACGCCGACAACCUCCGCGAGAGCGGCGUCCACGGGGCUCUGCUGGCUUUAGACGACACCUUUGACUACACUGACCUGGCCCUGCUGCUGCAGAUCCCCAAUCAGAACACACAGGCCAGACAGCUCCUGGAGCAAGAGUACAACUCCCUCAUCUCCAUGGGAACCGAGAGACGACCUGAUGAGGAUGGAACUAAGACGUUCACACGCUCGCCCUCCUGGAGGAAGAUGUUUAGGGAGAAAGAUCUACGGGGCGUGACCUCUGACUCUGCCGAGACCCUGCCUGCUAACUUCCGUGCCUCAGCCAUCUCCACGCCCUCCGUUACCCUGAGAAAGGUUCAGAGUGAUGCCAACUCUGGUGCCCGGGGUGAAUCUGCCUCAGUGAGGACGUACUCCUGUUGAGGGGCUAAGGGCGCUGACUCGAUUGGGGCUAGAGGACCCUCUCGCUCAUCCACGGAGAAAGAAGCAAUGAAUAUAACCAUUUAACUUAAAAAUAAAUCUAUCGGUCUGACCAUUCUGCAAUAACAGGAGCAAAGGAAUAAAGGGGAAAAUGACAUGAAGAAUGUAUGAAUGUAUUUUCCGACCAGACUAGGAAGGUUGAAUGGGAUCAGCUGUUUUCUCUCUCUGUCUCUCUUCCUGUCACUCUGUCUUUGCUCUCUCUCUCUCUCUCAGUGUGACUGUGCGUUGGGGUUAGCAAAGGACAGCGACGGUGUUGGUUAGGCUUGUUGCCGGUCGUGCAGGUUUCCCCUCUCUCUUUCUCUUUCAUUCCUGUCUGUGUCUGCACAUAGUCAGCAGAGUUGGCAAUAUCAGGGCUUAUUUUCCUACCUUCAGAGGAAAUCACUUGCUGCCAUUUAUUCUCUUACAGUAUGAAACCAACUAAACAUGUCGCCUUACAACGUCUGCUCAGCAACAGGUGUUUUUAUUCAGAGUCAGGGGAAAAACAAAGGACUGAGAGGAUGUUUAAACUGUAAAAUCACUGGGGGGAAAUGGCUAGAUGGACAUAAACGUGUUACAACUCUAAACAACACCGGUGUUCUCCUUCCCACACAUGAGGCGGCUGGUGUCUAGUGUCAGCCAUGGCGGCUCUAUUGUCGGCUUCAAUGGUCCCGACAGGGGUGUCUAAGUGUCCCCAAUUGGUCGGAGCGGUGUAGUAAAACAUGUCCGAAUUCAGACCACCAUUUAACUGGGACCACAUCAGAGGGACCCUCCUCAAGCUUUGUCUGUUGGCGCCUUGAAAACCGAUAGGCUGAGUAAUUUCUUUUGAAGAGAGCCCAUUACGGAGAUCAAAGGCACAGAGGUGGAUGGGACAGGGUGGAGCGAGGCCACAGAGGCAUUGUGUUCUGCGAUUUCACAAUGUCCAUGGCAGGUAAUCCAUAAAGCUAGUGUUGGUGCCACUUUCUAAAGAGGUGUUCUUUACAAGGGGUUUGUAUGUUCUUUUUCAUUUUUGGCUUUAUCGACAUCAAAGGGACGCGAUGCUGAUACGGAGUUUUUGAGUUUGCCUGCUGAGUCUGUGGAAACAGUUGUGUAAUGCUGUUUGUGGUUGUGGACGUUUUAAAGUUUGGAAAAUAUCACCCUCAUGAUGUUACAGAGGUGUCAUCUGCGUCAUAUCGCCUCGGCCUUGAGACUUGUUCAACAGAAAUCCUGCAUUGCUAAACUAAGAGCGUUUUCAGUUGCAUCAUGGGAAAUGUAGGAUCCAGUUUUUUUGGAGCGUGGCUUAUACUUAGGGACUAAAAAGUCAGGGUGUCUCUGCUUCUGCUGCUUCAACUUUGAUGCUUCCUUUUCAGAUCUGUCUCUUGUGAGACACAGGUUUCUAAACUUUAUCGACGUGCCCAUUUAAUGUUGAUCAUGUAUUAAUUUUUUACUGAUAAGUAAAAAUCUACAGAGGUUGUUUUGGUCGCCAAAACGUGAAAAAUCCACUUGGAUGGAGGAAAAUCUGUCAGUUCAAACACUUUUAACAUUUUAAUAUUCUCUUAUUAACAUUUAUAACUGGAGACUUUGAGACUUGGUAGAAAGUACAUUGUUUAACAAGUCUCAGUUUUCUCACUUUUAAUCCACGCCAGUGGCACGUCUCCAGUGAAGCCGGUGUCGGUUGGUUGGUUGCACUUUGGUUCAGUCUGAAAUACCUCAACAGCUUUCAUGGUCCCCUGAGGAUGAUUUGUAAGAACUCUGGUGAUUCCCCGAACUUUUAUCCAGCACCGUCAUGAGGCUACAUUUUCAGAUUGCAAUGAAUAUUUUGUUUUUGGUUAGUUUUUGUACGUUAGCACCAAUGUGCUUAUAGACAGCCUCAGAAAGCAGCUACAGUACAGUAGCUUAUUACUGGCCUAUAAAACGUGAGUAAAUUAUGUAUUAACUUAGAAAAUCCCAUUAAUUAAGAAGGAUAAACCCUUUGUAAAGUAUGUCCAACUGGAAAGUGGUGCCUAAGUUUUAAAUCUGUUAAGAAAGACGCGUCUUUGGAGCCAGACUCAAAUUCCUCACUGGCCCUCCAAGAUGUCGUUCUGUGGUUUAUGACCUGUAAUCAUCAGCUCAGGGUCUUGGGUAAUCCUGAUGAUGGGAGAGGCGGCAGGGAGACAAAACAGCGACUCAAAGGGAGGAGAAAAACAACAAAAACUAAAACAGGAUGGACAGAAGCUGGUCAUUUUACUACACACACAAGCCAUAACAGAAACCAAGAGCUCUCUGGGGGGAUGAGAUCAGGGAGAGGCAGGAAGAGAGGGCGAGCCCGAGGAAGCCCAGGAAACAAAACCUUUAGCCUCUGUGUUUACGAUGCAUGUCAAACAAACGACAAUGACCUAAAAACAUUUUUUUGGUGGUGAAGAUGAUAUGAGGUGUCGUUAAAAAAAAUAUAUAUCUGUAUGAUAAACCUACAGGGGUGGGAGCCUGGGGAUCAAUUUGUAAAAUGUGUGUAUUUUUUUCAGUUGUAUUUUUUAUUUUUUACGACAACUAUUUAUUUUCUUUAGGUAUGUAUUGGAUAAACGUAUGUACAUGUUCUGUUCCUUCUUGACUUCAUUUGAACUAGUUUUAAAAGUAAAUAUGAAACAUUGAAAAUGGUCAUUCAAAUAUGCUACUGUAUGUGUACAUUUUGAGAACAAAUUGUGCAAUGAUUUAACAGAUUUCCAUGAUUAAAGUGAUAGUAAUACAAAUUGAAAAUAUCAUCUGGAAAAUAAACAAUACUGACGAUGAUGAUAAUGAAAAUGGUGAUGUAAAAGAAAAAAAAAUAAAGCGAUCCAGGUGGAUCUGCUGAUCGUCGCAGACUUUGAUGUGCUUUACUCGUUCCUUUUUUGCAGGAC